AUGCACGUUGACCGGUCCCGCUGCCCCGCUCUCGCGUCCCCGCUCCGUCCCAGGUUCAAACCCGGCGCGGUCAAGGCGAUCAUCGCGGAGUGCUUGAAAGACAAGCUCGCCGGGAAGCCGUACGACCCGGACGAGUGUUCGAUGUGGGCGCGCGAGAUCAGCGACGAGAUCAAGCAGAGGGUGAAGAAGCUCGGGUACGAGCGGUACAAGAUCGUGUGCCAAGUCGUCGUCGGCGAGCAAAAGGGAGAGGGCGUCAGAAUGGGCGCGCGGUGUUUCUGGGACCCGAAGACGGAUAACUACGCGGAGGAGGUGUUCACGAGCGAGAGCAUAUUCGCGUGCGGGGCCGCGUUCGGGAUCUAUCUGUAUUGA